AUGUGUUGUUUAAUAGCAAACGCUUUUUCUUUCCAAUUAACAUUCAAACUACGCAAAUAUAUCAUUUUGUUUCUCUCACAAACUUCCUCCCGCGUCUAUAUAUGCUAUGGAAUUUAAUUAACAUAUCUUGAAGACAACACAAAGUUCUUUUCUUUUCCAACUUGAGAAUCAACUUAAAGUUAUUCUACCUUCAUUAAUCACACUGCUCCAAUUUUGCGUGAGUAUUGAAUACUCCAUAGGCUUACAAGUUUAGAACAUCUCUCAUUGCUUGAGUUGCACAUUUUGGCAUGGGCAUGUGGUCCCUUCCAACCCAUCAGAGUCAUCACAUAUAUGCUUAUAAGAAUAAGCAUAAGAGAAUGUUUUCUAGACAACAAAAUAAGACAAUUAUAAAUCAUUCUGAAGUGUAUUUUUAAAAUAUAUGCAUAUAAAAAAAAGUAGGUGAAAAAUAAAACAUAUAAAGCAUAUCUUAUGCAUGAAAUGUAGUAUUCUAGUUCUGUGGUCAAACGAGAAGUCUUUCCUUCCUUGAGUUGGAAAUUCCUUUUUUUCCUUGGUUAAACAAGAAUAAGCAUAUCCAUUUACAUCUUCUUGGAUGUCUUUACCCAUGCACCCAUGCUUCCAUAAGACUUCAUCCCUAAUCAACACAUUAUCCAAAAUACUCAAAAACCAUAUUCACAUGUUCAAACAAACAAAAUAAACCAACCAUAAUUCCAGAUUUGUAGAAGAGUGCAUAAUAUGGAGAAGAUUGAACACUUCAGCCAUAUCCACCCUCUACUGUUAAAGGAAGAACAGAAAAAUAAAUACCAACAAGCCCUUUGCUCAGGUUGUGAAAAAACAAUUUCAGGUCCUGUCUUCUGCUGCGACAUAUGCAACUAUGUCCUUCACAAAACAUGCGCAGAACUUCCACGCUACAUGAAGCACCCAUAUCACCCUCAACACCCUCUUAUUCUCCUUUCUACCAAUCCUUACAAGGGAAACUGUAUAUGUGAUGCUUGUUUUGGCAUCUUCAACAACUUCGUAUAUCAUUGUUAUCAUUGUCAAUAUGAUCUUGACACUACGUGUGCCUCUCGGUGGCAGCCAGAUGAUGGCCAUAAGCAUGCCUUCUUGGUCUUGACAAAUUCACAAUCGUUUAUUUGUUAUGCUUGUGGCAUGGAAAUAAACGAGACCAGUGCAUGCUUAUGCACCAUUUGUCAGAUUUGGGUUCAUUCUAGCUGCGCUGCAUUGCCUCUUGCUAUUAGAUUAGAUGGCCACCCACACCGUUUGAAGCUCACUUAUUCCCUUCAUCAUGUUUAUGGUUUUUGGGGUGUCUUAACUUGUGGUGCUUGUGAUGGAUAUAUGAGUUCAGCUUUUGCGGGUUAUUUUUGUUCAUCUUGCAAAUUCCCCGUGCAUUUGAAGUGUCCACAACAAUAUUCAAGAGAAGAGUGCGAGACCGCAACAGAAGAUGAGGAAGAGGAAUCAUUCAUAGACUCGGAAAGUAAGCACUCCCAGGAUAUUGUUGGUUUUAGUGUCUUCAGUCAUGAACAUUUGUUGAAGUUCAUAGAGGAUAAGAGUACUCAGCAAUAUGCUGAUGAACUCUGUGAUGGGUGUGUUCAACCUAUCACGCCAACUUUCUUUUCUUGUGAAGAAGAAAAAUGUGGUUUCAAGUUGCACCAAAGUUGUGCUGAUUUACCAAGAACGAGGCAACACCCUUUUCAUGUGCACUCUUUAACUCUUCUCUCAAAGGCUCCUUAUGAUGGCAUUUUUAGGUGUGAUGCAUGCAGAUCAUUGAACAAUGGCUUUGUGUAUCGUUGUGGUGAGUGUCAAUUCGACCUUGAUGUUUGUUGUGGUUUUCUUGAAGAGAGAGUUGAACACCAAAGUCACAAGCACCCCCUUUUCCUUAAGAAGACAAGCAUAGCUAGGCAAUGCAAAGGUUGUCAUAUUUGGUCUAGUCAUGUGUAUGUCUGUGAUGUUUGUGAGGAUUUUGCUAUUGAUUGUGGGUGUGUUUCUCUGCCGUGUAAGGCGUGGCACGUGAAUGAUAAGCAUCCUCUUAGUCUAACCUAUUUUGUUGAAGGGGAUUUGAGGGAAUAUGAAUGUGGCAUUUGCAAUGAGAAAGUGUCUUCGAAGCAAUGGUUUUAUUUCUGUGAUGACUGUGACUUCGCUUCUCAUCCGUAUUGUGUUCUUGGCAAGUCUAAGCGUGUUAAGUUCGGAGGUAGUUUCCAAUAUGAUGUUCAUUCACACCCUCUUGCUUUGGUUGAAGGAACUGAGCAGAACAAGACAUGCGAAGCAUGUGGUGAAUUGUGCAACGGGUGGACCCUUGAGUGUGGGGAAUGCAAAUGCUACUUCCACAGAGAAGGACAGUGUUUCUGGGAACAAUUUAAGAAGAGCGCAAAGUAUUUGGCAUUAUCAGGAAUGGCGAGGCAGAGGUACGCAGCAAACGUAUUGGCUUCCACGCCCAAUGUAACCACGAAGUGAAUAGAAAAUCACUGGCUUAUUAUCCCUCUCUUAUGUUAUUUAAUGUAAUUAAAUUGCAUGUAAAUGUGAAGUAAUGUUUGUGAAUUUCAUCUCUAUAUAUAAUAUAUUCCUUAUUCAUAUGUAAGAUUUUCUUCUUCUCGUACACAAGUUAAGCAAUUAAAGGCGCUACCUGUGCUUUUGUAGUGAAGGCAUUCCUAAUCUUUAUUUCGUUGAGAAAUUUUAUUCUUACAACUUUUCUUAUAACUAUUUAUGCAGUUCAGAGAGAUAAAGAACAGAAAAGAAAAAAUAUAUAUAUUAUAUGAAAUAAGUGAUGUGUUAUAAAAAAAACUAAGAACAUUAGGGAAUACAAUAGAAAGUAUAUCUAAAACCAAUCUCUAUUUCUGACUCUCAAAAAGUACGUUGAUCUACCAUUAAUGCGACAUUGUGUAUUUUUAGCAGAUGCAAUUAGAUAUCUAUCACUUAUCUGACUUCUGAAUAUAUAUGCAACGGAAGUAUAACGGAAGUAUAAUGUGUAUAUACUCCGUAAUGAAAAUCAUUUAUAUUUCGUAUAAUCCAUCAAUAUCCAUAAUAGAAUGUCACCAUUUAAUUUAAACCGUGCACUCAAUUUUUUUACCUCUCAUGUUUCCCAAUAUAUGUUUUAUCCUAUCACAAUUCUAGAUGUUAGUCAGCACUUCUCUGUUACUAAUUACUUACAAUCAAAAUUUAAUACAGACAAUUGCUAAACAAGUUUGAAAUAUUGCUCAAAAUUGUCUCUACG